AAUAAUUUAAUCGGCUCGUAUUAACUAGCAACUUCAUUCUUCUCAUAACUACACUAAUUUUGUAAAGUGGGAAGUAUAAUUGAGCUUUAUUUGAGUAAGUUCCUUUAGCAAAAACUCUCUUCUUAUAAUAGUCGUCAUGAAUCAGUCGGUUUUGUGAUCGUUACGCGUAAACUAUUCCGUCCUUCCGCGACCUAAUUCUCAACGAAAAAACACUUGUUGAUCACUUCAAUUAUAAACUUUACAGUUAAAAUAAUGACGUGUUUUAAAACUCUUUUGAAUUAAUUUUAAGCGAAAGAAUGGCCUUACAAAACAAUGGUACUCAAGAACCGCAAUCACCGGGAGUUUUAUCAGAUACAGAUUAUGAUGAUAACUUAGACGUUCCUGAAUCAUUAACGAUCGUUAAAUUUCAAGGAUCAGAAAUAGUACUUAAUAAAGAUGAAGCGGAAGGACCCACUCCAGGAAGGAUUCCUUUCAAUGCAAUACAUAACGCUCCGGUGAAAUACACCACAUUCCAUCGAGAAGUGUUUAUACCAGCCGUUCCAAUUGAGGUUACAAUUGUUGAUGUUGAAACUCACCACACAACACACUUACUCAACCCGAAUUUGUGUGUACACAAUUUCUUUAACACAUGGAAGUUUUACUUGGAAAAUUAAAAAACGUUAUAAACACAUCCAAGAUUUACAUCAUCAGUUGGUUAUUUUUAGAGCUAGCUUGAACGUGCCGUUUCCCUCUAAGGAACAUAAGCGGCGCAGAGAAAGUUUAAAAAAUAAUGCGAGCGAAAAAAGGAAGAAAAAAGCUGUUUUACCUAGAUUUCCUAAAAAACCUGAAAUGUUAAUUUCUUAUGAUCAAUUAGAUCAUAGAAUAAAACAAUUACAAGAUUAUUUACAGAAUCUUCUUGCUAUUAAUAUUUAUAGGUAUCAUCAAGCUACUAUAGCUUUUUUAGAGGUAUCAAAUUUAUCGUUUGUUUACAACUUAGGGAUUAAAGGUAAAGAGGGGUUUAUUGGGAAACGAACUGGGAGUACUCAACCAGGACAAAGCGGUUGUAAUUUAUUUGGAUGUUUCCAAUCUGUUUGUUGUUUUAGAUGUAGACACAUUUCCCAAGAAAUUUUUUGUUCAUCAUGGCGAGAACGAUGGUUUUUCUUAAAAGAUACAUGUUUCGGGUAUGUUGACCCGAAUACGGGAGUUUUAAAGUGUGUUAUUUUAUACGAUCAAGGAUUCGAAGUAUCAUCGGCAGCUUACGCAACCGGUUUACACAAAGGCUUUCAAAUAAUCACAUUAAGCAGACAAAUCGUGCUUAAAGCUAAAACUAGAUCUGAAAGAAAGUUAUGGAUUGAUAAUCUUAAGUUGCACGCGAACGAAUUAGCUAAGGAUUUCACCCAACCUAAUCGGUAUCAUUCAUUCGCCCCUAUACGAAGUAACACAUCGGCUUCUUGGUUCGUAGAUGGUUCGAGUUAUAUGUCCGCAGUUGCCGAUGCGAUUAAUAACGCAAAAGAAGAAAUUUUUAUAGCCGAUUGGUGGUUAAGUCCCGAAAUUUAUUUAAAACGCCCUGCUUUAGAAGGGGAUUAUUGGAGAUUGGAUAAAUUGCUUCAAAGAAAAGCCGAACAAGGAGUCAAAAUUUUUAUUCUUUUAUACAAAGAAUUCGAAAUGGCUUUGGGUUUAAACAGUUAUUACAGCAAAGAUGUUUUAUCGAGAACUCACCCCAACAUAAAAGUCCUCCGACAUCCGGAUCAUGUAAAAGUUGCGAUAUUUUUAUGGGCCCACCACGAAAAAAUCGUUUGCGUCGAUCAAUCUUACGCUUUUUUAGGUGGAAUCGAUUUAUGUUACGGAAGAUGGGAUGAUUUCGAACAUCGAUUAAUCGAUUUGGGCAGUGCUACACCCCCAACGGAUGUCUCAACGUUAAAAAAAAAGACCUCGUCUAAUCCGGGGGGUGAUAAUUUUUACCCAAUCCCCACUCAUCCUUAUUACCAACAAAAAGAACCAGAAAUUAAAAUUUUAAUCAAUACAGACGAUGAAUUAGAUGAUGAAUUAGACGAAGAAGAAUCCGACGACUCCGAACCAGAUCUCCCUCAACUCCAACCCGGCGAUCAAUUAAUGAUCCCCUCAAAUUUAGAAAACAUUAAAAUGAAUACACCUACUAUGCAUAGAAAACAUGGAUUAAAAGCGAUCAAGAAACGCAUGAAAACGAAAGGAAAAGAAUUUUUUAAUAUGGUGUACUCCCAAAAUGAAGAAUCUUUAGAAAACGAAAAUAAAUCCGAGUUAAAAGAAGAAAUUUUAAGGCGAAACUUAAACGGUUCCGCUAAAUAUUGGUACGGAAAAGAUUAUUGUAACUUUAUCGUUAAAGAUUGGACCGAAUUAGAUUCACCUCUUGUUGAUUUUAUCGAUCGAUUAACCACCCCGAGAAUGCCGUGGCAUGAUGUAGCCGUUUGUGUGCAAGGAUCAAGCGCUAAAGACAUAGCAAGGCAUUUUAUUCAACGUUGGAACGCCACCAAAUUAGAAAAAGCCCGAUUAAAUAAAACUUAUCCAUAUCUUUUACCGAAAUCUUACAACAACGAAAAAGCUGAUAACCUCAAUAACGCAUCGAAAGUGUCGUGUCAAGUUAUAAGGAGUGUAAGCACUUGGUCUUGUGGCUUUUUAGAACCGAACACUGUCGAGCAAAGUAUUCACGAAGCUUACGUUGACGCGAUUAAUCGAUCGCAACAUUACAUUUAUAUUGAGAAUCAAUUUUUUAUUUCUUCCCCAGCUGGAAAUGGAAACACAAGGAAUCAAAUACAAGAAAGUUUAUUUAAACGAAUUAUUAGGGCGCAUAAAGAAAAUGCAACUUUUCGUGUUUACGUAGUUUUACCUCUUUUACCUGGAUUUGAGGGUGAAGUUGGUGGCCCUUCUGGAAAUUCAAUAAGGGCGAUUACACAAUGGAAUUAUUCAACAAUUUCUAGAGGUAAAGAUUCGUUAUUAAGUCGCCUCACUGAAGCCGGAAUUGAAGAUCCUUCAAAGUACAUAACAUUUUAUGGUCUUAGAAAUCAUUCGAAAUUAAAUAAUGAGCCGAUAACGGAAUUAAUUUACGUUCAUUCGAAAUUAAUGAUUGUCGAUGAUAAAGUUGUUAUUUGCGGGUCUGCCAAUAUCAACGAUAGGUCGUUAAUUGGAAAAAGAGAUUCAGAAAUAGCUGUAAUUCUUGAGGAUGAAGAAUUUAACGAUGGGGUAAUGAAUGGGAACAGUUUUCCAUCGGGGAAAUAUGCCGGAAGUUUACGAAAACACCUAUUCAAAGAACAUUUAGGUUUGAUCGGUAGGGAACACGAACGAAUUGAUGUUGAUGUUGAAGAUCCGAUUUCCGAUUAUUUUUAUAACGAAAUUUGGUAUAAAACGGCUUCUCUCAACACCGAGUUUUACGAUAAAGUAUUCCAUUGCAUACCAAGUGAUAAUGUUGAAACUUUUAGCGCGUUGAAAGAGUAUAUUAAUCAAAAACCGUUUUAUUUAAGUGAAAUAUCAAGGUCGGAAACUAUGCUGCAAAGUAUUGAGGGUCAUUUGGUGCUGUUUCCAUUAAAAUUUUUGUGCCAAGAAAAUCUUACACCAGCUGUUAGUUCAGUAGAAGGAAUUAUGCCAACUGCUUUAUGGACUUAAAAUCUAUAAAUUUCACACGUUGACGAUGUUAUUUCAUUAUGAUCAUUGAAACACUCACAACGCUAACUCUUAAAUGUUUUGUAUGAUUAGAUACAGUUAACUGUUUAUAUGUAUGUCAAAUUUGUACGAUGAAAUUGUUAUUUAAAAAAAUUGUUACAUAUGGCGAGAUUUAAAUGUGAUAAUAGAAAAAGGAAGUUAUAAAUUGUUUUAAAAUUAAAUUAAUAUUGGAAGCUUAAAUUGGGUUAGAUAAGAUGUUUUAAUGUUGUUUAUUUAUAACUAAAUGCAUUUAUAAUUAUUUUUUAUAAUUUUU